AUGUUUUUAUCAGCCAGCUUUCCCAGAGAGCAAGCCAACGUAGCGGACAGAACCGAAGAAACUCCCCCAGUCACCCAACAAGCUCAGACCAACCACAGCUCCAGAAACUACCCAAUCAACCAGACCUUCAAUACCCUAAUUAACAACCUCCUCACCCUUAUACCGACGGAGAACAAGGACAAAGCUCAAAGCUUAGCCAAAGAGAUUCAGGAUGCCUACCGACAGGCUACUACAGCAGCAGCAACCUCUACCGGAAUCGACCAAACUCCCUCCUUGCUCAACCUCCGAAAAAUAGUCGCCAAGGAAGUAAGAGCAGCACUCCGCGAAACCCAACCAACGAGAUCUACUCAACCUACUCGCACCUGGGCCGAUAUUGCAAAGGGAGUAACUACCCCAGCACCGAACCAACCAGCCAAAGUAAUUCCUGCCAGACUAAGCCGGGAGAUUCUGAUCAAAGGAAACGACAUACCAUCCGACCUGGCCAAGCGCAAUGCCCUCGAAGCCGUACAAGCCAUCAACCAAGCCUCCAGUGGGAAGGGAGCAGUAGCUGCCCGAAAGCUGCCCAGCGGUGAUACGGUAAUCAUGUUUGCAGAUCCAGCCACCAGAGACUGGCACUCUUCGAAUAAAGGAUGGAUACAACAAGCAUUCGGAGAACAGGCGAAAGAAGCUCGAAGAACCUUUGCCAUAUUGGUCAAAGGAGUCUAUAAAUCAAAUAUCCAAGGAACCACAGAAUUGGAAUUCGGCCAGGAACUAGGACUCAAGUCGAUCGAAAGGGUCAAAUUUCAAUACCCGAAAGACCAAACUCUACAAUGGGUAUCAAUCUUCGUCAUCCUCACCAACCAAACAGAAGCCAAGCAGGCUUGCGAUUCGGGAGUGGUAUUCAGGGCUCAGAUAUUCAACUGCGAGCCAUACUGGGCCCCACUGCGUCCCACCCAGUGCUACAGGUGUUGGAAAUGGGGCCACAUCAGCUACCGUUGCAGAAAAGACCCUCUAUGUCCGAGGUGUGGCACAAAUGCACAUGGAGUGGGAGGCAAGGAGGGUGAGGCACAGUGCCCUAUUCACACCAGCCGCAUACCCUGCAGGUGCCCCGCCUGCGGUGGAAAACACCCAGCUUGGGACAGGAUUGCUCAGAGCAGAAGAGAGUAA